AAGAUGUCUGCCAAAAUUUCCUGAAAUAUUGUUUUGAGUCUCAUUUUAAUGGAUAUACGACAGUUUUAGAAAACGAUGGGUGAUGUACUUGUACCAGAUGACUCAUCAAUAGACCCUCAUUUGGAGGUGAAAAAAUUACAAGAUUUAGUGAAGAAACUCGAACGUCAGAAUGAAGUACUUCGAGGGAAGCAAACCCAAAAUCAUUCAAAAAAUUUAAUUCAGAACACGGAUUCGAACACUGGUCAAGAUGUGACUCAGAAAGCAGUAAAUAUAAAUAAUAAUUUACAUAAUAACAGUGACAAUGUUCUAGACAUUAGUUUAGAAAACAUUGAUGAAGUUGAUGUUGAAAAGGAGCAACCGUAUGAAGAUGAGUUUGAAUGGCUGUUUUCAUCGCCAAAAGCGCCAAGCGCUGAGCAAAGACGACAAAGUCCCCUGAAGUGGGUGCGUAAAGACUUUGAACACCCUAGUCCGGAAGUGCAAACUGCAAAAAGAUCUCUUAUAUUUAAAUUAGAUGAAGUCUCACGGAGGCCAAUGUCAAGAAGUUCUAGUGGUAACACAUUAGGCAGCCUUACUACAUCUCCUACCAUAACACCAACAAAAUCUGAUACUUCCCUCUAUACUACCCACCACUCACAGUCAUACAUGCUUGAUGAGCCUGAGACCAAUGAUGCUUCUCCUGUUGUCCCCAGUAUUAAACCAGCCCUUAUGCAGGGUCUAGGUAGUAGGGUUGAUACCAGCACUUUUACACGGCCCAAGAAAAACAAAGAUGGCACCUAUAAAGUUGCCCGCCAAAUUAGGAUGCCCCAGGAGGAGCCUGUCGCUCAAAAUAACGAGGAUGCUUCUUCAGAGGGGAAUGAUAUAGAGGAGCAUAGGCUAGCAGAUGUUGUAGAUGUACAGGUGCUUGCCAGGAUGCAAGAAGAAAAUUUACGCAGGGAAAGUUCUAACACACUAACAUCACCUAGGAGAUCAAAUAGAACCCCCAGAUCUGCGCGAGGUCAUUUCAAGGUCCCCUCCCUCCCUCUCAAUGACACCGAUUACCACUCUUCCCAUAGCUCAAAUAGGUCUAGUCCCGGCCGUUUUGACAGCCCUAGUCGUUAUGAUAGCCCUGGUCGCUAUGAUAGUCCAGGACGCUAUGAUAGCCCAGGACGCUAUGACGCACCUGGUUGUCGGUUUGAUAGUGAUGGUAGUAAUGGUCUACAGAGAAGACUAAGUCAUGGAAGCAAUGGACCCGAGUCUGUGUCCAGUGAAAGUCCUUCAGAUAGUCCGUAUGGAAGUCAGCAUCACUUACAGGAGGAUUAUUCAGAACUUCGUGGGAGUUUACCUAAUUUACAAAAUAACAAAAAGCCAUCAAGUAUACGACAGAACUAUAGUGAAUCUAAACUGUCGCAAAUGUCCUCCAGGGGAAACAUGGAAUCGCCCAGACAAAUGCAGGCCCCUGGCAGGCGCAUGGUGUCCCCUCGUGUAGAUGGAGGAGCAAGACAAGCGUCCCCAGGGAGACAAAUACAAUCCCCAAGGAGAAGUAUCCAGGCCCCGAGAGCAGGCAUCCCUCGGCCUGGUACCAAGUCAGGACUUCCAGCACCUAGAAGGUCUGGUAUCCCAUCUCCUAGAACUCCUAGAGCAAACCUCCAUAUGCAGCAGGCAGAUGAAAGUUGGAAAGAUGGGUGCUAUUAGGUCUAGAACAAGGUCUAGUUGUACAAAGAUCAAGGUCUAGUUUUACAGAUAGACCUAUAGGACAUAGUCUGGUAGAAUAAAGCUAGGAGAAACAUCUCUUGAAUAAUGACAUAGACGACAUAGGAAGCACAAAACCAUAAUAUUAUUACAGUGGGGCACAUAGAAUGAGCCUUACAUGCCAAAACAUAGUUUUAACCACGAUUGAAACUUACCUGAAUUCGAAAUAUUGGGAGAUAAGGGUAAUGGAGUUAAUCACUGCAAAUCAUCAGUCAAAGCAGUUCAGAGUUUGCAUAAUAACACAUUUAUUGAAGCAAAUGUGACCACUGCCAAACCACAAAUGACUGUCCAACAAGACAUUGUUUAUAAAGCUCUUGAGUCCUGACAUACCUGAAGUGUCCUGAUGUAAGUCUGGAGUGCAUACACAAAUGCAUAAAUAUAAAAUAUUUAGAAAUUGUGAAAACCUGUCUGCAGCCACAUGUGUUGGAAUGAUUAAUAUGUGGUAGUUGAGGAAUGUAUUAUUCUCAAAUUGCAGUAUGUGUACACUGUUCAGGUACCAUUAUAGGAAAAAUGUCUUUAGGGCAGGAAAAAUCUUACGCAGUUAGAAAAUCCAUCAACAAUUUUAGUAAGUUGGAAGUAAGGCAAAGGUAUAUGGAGACUUGGUAUAAACUGGUUUGAAAUCCUUUAUAAUGGGGUGUUACCAAUCAGGCCUUGCAUAUACAGUAAAACCUGUCUCAUCCAAAUGCCAUUUGGAGUAGCCAAGUGUUACAAUUUGUAGGUGUUCACUUUUCAAGGUUUUUAAUACUGUAUAA